GAACCGUAUCCUCUAUCCAGCGCGUGUUCUGACGAGUGGCAUGGGUGGUCCAUUGUUAUCUUUGGCAAUUUCCUCUUCAUCUACAACAGCAGUGCAAUUGUGCUAUUUGACAUAAAUCGCGAGGACAACACUUUGUGUGGACUCUACCUAACUAGCUCCAAAGACAAGUCUCCUGUGGAGUUUCGUGGAGAAAUGGAAGUAACCAACCCAUCAAUUGGAGGUUUCCGGUAUCAAAUGCUUUACCUCACACGGCAACUCAUGGCUUCUCGCAAUUUUGACCUAACCAAUGAAGUUAUUCAGCAAUGGAGCGACUUCUACGUCGAAGAACCUACAACGCAAAGGAAACGUCCGCAGUCGUUAUGUAGGCGAAGACUUGAUGCCCACUCAAAUCAUCGUCGUCGAGCAACCUCUGCACCCCCGCGCAGCAAGCCUCUGGUUCCUGGCAAGGAGUUUGAAGAAUAUACAAGAAUACGAACGGAUUUGUGGAAGAUGUCUAAGCAACUUGGUGUGGUUCGAGCCGGCAACCUGCUGUUGGACAUCGUUGAGACGGAAAGUGACUUGCUUCUUUUGCGAGUCAGACCCAAAGGUGCGGGUGAUGAUGUGUUCCUCUUCUCCUCUCGCCAAAAUCAGGGCUUCUUUAAACUCCGCGCAUGCUAUGGUUUGGCUACCAUUCUUCAUGAAAGCAUUGAUCCUCCCUCUGAGGCUGAAGGUCCCACGCCCACCAUCAUUGGCAUGGAUGAUCGAUUUUGGUUGAUAAAUUCUAGCAGUGGACCAAUUCAAGAGGACUUGUUUGCCGAGGAUGUUCAAAAAAACUUCGAAGCGCCAGUAGGAGAGAAGCAAUUGGUCAGAUUUAAGAUGCACUACUUGGCGUCGAGAAUGCUAUCCCACGAUCUGGCCUCCAUGGCUUCCCCAGACUCCGCAAAACCUCUUCCGUCAGCACCUCCAAAGGGCAUGAUAACCAAGGGUAAGACCCUUGAUGGAGCUGAUUCUAUCGUUGAUACUAUUGUUGCUCUGUGCGAAAUCGCUGCAUGCCUCGGCAACGCACCGUACCGGACCUCUAGACAGGAGGCAUUGGAUGACCUCAAUGAGGGUUUUUCACAUCUAUUGGAAAUCUUUUCAACCGGCGAAGAAGCUGUUACACCUUAUGAACUCUCCUCCAGCGGACUCGUAUCAUCGCUUCUUCUUUGUCUUUCUUCUUCAUCAUGCAUACAUUGGAGUGGUGUUGUUUCUUCAAACAAUUCUCGCCUUCACAUGGAAUUCCUUCAACAGCGUCGUCAGACCUUUCUUCGUAUAUGCGAGGGGAAAGCCGGUCUGUCUACCCUCGUUCGGUGUCUCGUAAAUGUUCUUGACCAAACUGAGCGUCUUCCAAUCCAUAUAUUUGAGGAGAUUUCCUAUCCCACUUCGUCGGAUCAAUUGAAGCAUGGCGUGUCGGCUUGCAUGGAGGCAUUGAGUGCUGCAAGUCCUCCCGCUGGUGCAACUUCAGAGUCAACAGAAGAAGAAUAUUCACAAGUCCUUCCGCUUGGACUCAUUGCUCCGCCACUUCCCUCGUCCUCCGGCUACCAUAAUCACUUGACUGGAGGAGGAGUCCGUGGACUUGUAGACCGUCAAGUGCUUCUCCUUCUUGGUGCAUGGUUUCCUGAUCUUAAUAAACGGGUGUGUACUGGAACUGUUGGGACGUCUCAAGUUCAGGACACAUUUACAAUGACAGUCAAACGUCGCCUUAAUGCACCUCGAGAGAUUCGUGUUGGCAGUGGAAAGGGUCGACCGCUUUUUUUAUCACACGGCUUUCCAAGAGGUCGCCCCUUCUUUAUGCCCUCCUCGACUGAGUUCUGGUUUCGAGGUGUCACCUUGGUGAAGGAGUGGUAUCAGUGCCCACGUAAAUCAAUGCGUUUCUUGCGGGAAUUUUGGAAGAGACCUCAUUACACUGUCAGCCUGACUCCUGAGAUCACAACCUCCACACUCAAGGCGUCCGGUGUGGUGGAAUUGCAAAUGGGCCUUCUUGAGUGGAUGGGCACUUGUGGAGGAACGGUGGAGACAUGGGUCAAUCCAUGCAAAUGCGGUCUCGUUGCGGCAUCCAUAUUUCAACCUUCCUCAAACUCUUUUAACGACGGAUCUCUGGCAUUGGAACAAGGUGUUACAGCAUCGGAGGCUUCUCCCUUAGACGAUGCAACUGUGGAUGAGGAAGAACUAAAUUCCUUUGAUAAAUGUAUCCUAAAUGGGGAGGAGGUCGGUGCUAGAUUGACCAUUGAAAUUGGUGUUCAGCUGAUGCCCACUGCUUAUCGUUUGAGCACUCUCCUAAAUGAGCAAAGUGGUGUCCCUAUAAGAAAUUGGUGUCUUCAGGGUUCAAACGAUGGAAGGUAUUGGACAACACUUUCUGUUCAUAAAGACACAAUCCCUCUCAACCAAUCGCCUGUUAUUGUGCCAUUGAGUGUACAAGAUUUCAGGUUUUGGUCGAGACCUCUGAGUGGUGAUGUCAACACAUCAACUUUGACUCGACCCCUGUCUACCGAAGCAGCGAGUGACGCAUCUGUUCCCCUAGAGGUGGCAUCUGUUUCGACACCAGAAGGCGGGACCAAGGAAAGUGAAGUUGACCUUAGUUUUCACAUCUUUCGUAUCAUGGACCUCACCACAUUAUCCAAGCAGAGCAACUUGAUUGUUAAGGGCUUCGAGCUUUUUGGAUCCGUCACUUUCGUUCAUCCAUCGGUAAGCAAAUUACUUUAA